AUGAUUUUGAUACACUCGUGUCCCACUGGAGAUGCAUCCGCCAGACAGGAUCGGCAACAAUAUCACUUGGUGCGGCUCCUAGAAAAUAAGACAUAUUCCAAUGCUGAGGGAGAUGGGCAAGGGCCCAAGUGUGUUUAUUUGGGGAUCAAAGUACCAUGGAGUACAACCCAUUUGUCAAAUCUACAGCACGGAGAAAUUUUGAUCGAAAUCUCGACUGAAGUUCGAAAAGUGUACGGUAAAGAGCAAAAGUGCCAAAUUGUUCUGAUCACAUUUCAGGCUGUACCCUACCUCGGUCCACUUGAGUACUUCUUGAACACUCCAUCUAGCCACCGAGUCCAUCAUGGCAGAAAUCCGUACUGCAUCGACAGGAACUAUGGCGGCACUCUGAUUAUAUGGGAUAGACUUUUCGGCACCUAUGAACCAGAGCGAAAGGACGAGGAGAUCGCGUACGGAUUAGUCACUCCGGUCGCAUCGUUUAAUCAGCUGUGGUGCCAGUUCUUCGAGUUCAAGGCACUGGGCUAUGAUAAAGGUCAAAUGAGGAACGAGAAGAACGAGGAAGUAUUCCCGGGCGUGUGGAACAAGGUGAAAGCCGCUCUUUGGCCUCCAGGUUACUUCCCAGGAGUGCGAACAAAGCCUUUCUUUUUGUGGUUAUGCAUGUAUGAUAACACAGAGGGAAUACCCGAGAUCGAACAUCCUGUAGUCCCUUACAAUCCUCCACUCAUGGGCUCCCUCCGAUGCUAUCUAUUCGCACAAUGGCUGCUUAUCAUCGUUGGUUUUCUACAAUUCGAUAAGCUUCGUGUAUUCCUGAGCUGGCCUGAGUUCCUUUGUCGAGUCGGCUUCCUAAUUGCGUACAUACAGAUGUUUGGCUACUACUUUGAUCACAGCCGUUUCUCCGUGAUCUACGACUCAACGCGGUUGGUGUUCACCAUACUACUGGGAUGGUUCCUGAAAGACUCUUCGAUGGUCAUCUAUAGUUUAGCAUCGUUGGCCAUUAUCUCGUGGCUCGCAUCGGCUGGCAAAAUAUCCUCGACCGUGAAAAUAACUGAGAAGAACACCAAAUAA